AUGGAGGACCUCCAAACCCGCCUAGAAAACACGCUCAUUACUAAAACUGAUGGAGACGCAACGAUCGCCCGUCUUAUGGCUGAAAAUGAAGCAUACCUAAAAAUCAUUCAGUCAAAGGGAGCUUCACACCGCACACCAGAACACCCUGAUCCUGAGGCCUUCACCGGAGAGGACCCCACGCUUCUGCCGAAUUUCCUUCAGCACCUCGAGUUGAAGCUCGAAAUGAACAAAGAUUGGUGGAAUUCGGAACCUCAACGUAUGGGAUAUGUUGUCUCAUGCCUAAAAGGCAAAGCACAUGACCAAGUCCGCUACAACAUUAAAGAUGGGGUGGUCCUCUUCGACGAUGUCAAUGCCAUAAAAAGCACCCUUCAGUCAGCCUUCGGGGAUAUUGACGCUAAAGCUACCGCCCAACUCAAAAUCUUUGACAUGAAACAAGGCCAUAGAUCCCUUACGACAUUCCUCCCCGAAUGGUAUGCCGUCGCCAAGCUCACCGAGUGGGAUAGUGGGGCGCUCAUCGCUCACCUCCGACGUGCCCUCCACGACAAUGUCAUCUGGAGACUUUCUCACGAAGGGCAAAGAUACCCCUACCGAACUUGGUCAAUUUAUGGAUCUUGUCCGUAUCUGCGAUAA